AUGGGCGCGAAAUGGUCAGAUUUCAGCGCGGGAGAUGCAGAUCUGGUCGCGCGGAGUGCAGAUCUGGUCGCGCGGAGUGCAGAUCUGGUCGCGCGGAGUGCAGAUCUGGUCGCGCGGAGUGCAGAUCUGGUCGCGCGGAGUGCAGAUCUGGUCGCGCGGAGUGCAGAUCUGGUCGCGCGGAGUGCAGAUCUGGUCGCGCGGAGUGCAAAUCUGGUCGCGCGGAGGGCAGAUCUGGGCGCGCGGAGGGCAGAUCUGGGCGCGCGGAGGGCGGAUCUGGGCGGGCGGAGUGCAGAUCUGGGCGCGCGGAGUGCAGAUCUGGUCGCGCGGAGUGCAAAUCUGGUCGCGCGGAGGGCAGAUCUGGGCGCGCGGAGGGCAGAUCUGGGCGCGCGGAGGGCGGAUCUGGGCGGGCGGAGUGCAGAUCUGGGCGCGCGGAGUGCAGAUCUGGUCGCGCGGAGUGCAAAUCUGGUCGCGCGGAGGGCAGAUCUGGGCGCGCGGAGGGCAGAUCUGGUCGCGCGGAGUGCAGAUCUGGUCGCGCGGAGUGCAGAUCUGGUCGCGCGGAGGGCAGAUCUGGGCGCGCGGAGUGCAGAUCUGGUCGCGCGGAGUGCAGAUCUGGUCGCGCGGAGGGCAGAUCUGGGCGCGCGGAGUGCAGAUCUGGUCGCGCGGAGUGCAGAUCUGGGCGGGCGGAGUGCAGAUCUGGGCGCGCGGAGUGCAGAUCUGGUCGCGCGGAGUGCAAAUCUGGUCGCGCGGAGGGCAGAUCUGGGCGCGCGGAGGGCAGAUCUGGUCGCGCGGAGUGCAGAUCUGGUCGCGCGGAGUGCAGAUCUGGUCGCGCGGAGGGCAGAUCUGGGCGCGCGGAGUGCAGAUCUGGUCGCGCGGAGUGCAGAUCUGGUCGCGCGGAGUGCAAAUCUGGUCGCGCGGAGGGCAGAUCUGGGCGCGCGGAGGGCAGAUCUGGGCGCGCGGAGGGCGGAUCUGGGCGGGCGGAGUGCAGAUCUGGGCGCGCGGAGUGCAGAUCUGGUCGCGCGGAGUGCAAAUCUGGUCGCGCGGAGGGCAGAUCUGGGCGCGCGGAGGGCAGAUCUGGUCGCGCGGAGUGCAGAUCUGGUCGCGCGGAGUGCAGAUCUGGUCGCGCGGAGGGCAGAUCUGGGCGCGCGGAGUGCAGAUCUGGUCGCGCGGAGUGCAGAUCUGGUCGCGCGGAGGGCAGAUCUGGGCGCGCGGAGUGCAGAUCUGGUCGCGCGGAGUGCAGAUCUGGUCGCGCGGAGUGCAAAUCUGGUCGCGCGGAGGGCAGAUCUGGGCGCGCGGAGGGCAGAUCUGGGCGCGCGGAGGGCGGAUCUGGGCGGGCGGAGUGCAGAUCUGGGCGCGCGGAGUGCAGAUCUGGUCGCGCGGAGUGCAAAUCUGGUCGCGCGGAGGGCAGAUCUGGGCGCGCGGAGGGCAGAUCUGGUCGCGCGGAGUGCAGAUCUGGUCGCGCGGAGUGCAGAUCUGGUCGCGCGGAGGGCAGAUCUGGGCGCGCGGAGUGCAGAUCUGGUCGCGCGGAGUGCAGAUCUGGUCGCGCGGAGGGCAGAUCUGGGCGCGCGGAGGGCGGAUCUGGGCGGGCGGAGUGCAGAUCUGGUCGCGCGGAGUGCCGAUCUGGGGGGCGCACGGGGAGGGAGGACAGCGCCUAAAGGGCCCGUGAAGGGAGGGCAGCUCCGUGGCUUGCACAAGCCGCAGCAGUCCCUGGCCUAUCUCUACGCCAUGGAGGGAAUGGGGUACCGCAUGUCUCAUGUGGAGCCCAACCCGCUGUGCUACUCACAGCAUCCUCUCCCCUUCCCCGCCUCCCCCCUCCCCUCCUCCACCAUGCACAAGCCGCAGCAGUCCCUGGCCUAUCUCUACGCCAUGGAGGGAAUGGGGUACCGCAUGUCUCAUGUGGAGCCCAACCCGCUGUGCUACUCACAGCAUCCUCUCCCCUUCCCCGCCUCCCCCCUCCCCUCCUCCACCAUGCACAAGCCGCAGCAGUCCCUGGCCUAUCUCUACGCCAUGGAGGGCAUGGGGUACCACAUGUCUCAUGUGGAGCCCAACCCGCUGUGCUACUCACAGCAUCCUCUCCCCUUCCCCGCCUCCCCCCUCCCCUCCUCCACCAUGCACAAGCCGCAGCAGUCCCUGGCCUAUCUCUACGCCAUGGAGGGCAUGGGGUACCGCAUGUUUCAUGUGGAGCCCAACCCGCUGUGCUACCCGUGCAUCGAGGUGGCGUUUAUACAUGAAGACCUGGUGGUGCCUCCCCUCAGCCUCGACUGUGCGGCUGUGCUGCGGCGGUCUCAGGUUUCGGACUAUGUUGCGCAGUGGCUGCCUGGAGGGGGAGGGGGAUGGGGUGGAGGUGGGGGAGGGGGAGGGGGAGGGGGAGGGGGAGGGGGAGGGGGAGGCGGAGGGGGAGGGGAAGGGGGAGGGGGAGGGGACGGGGAAGGAGGAGGGGAAGGGGGAGGGGAAGGGGAAGGGGAAGGGGAAGGAGGAGGGGGAGGGGGAGGGGAAGGGGAAGGGGGAGGGGAACCGGAAGGGGGAGGGGAAGGGGGUGAGGGAGAGGAGGGCAGCAGCAGAAGUGUAGACUCUGGUGGUGACAGUGGUGGUGCGUAA